CCGAGUGCGAAAGAGACGAGCGCCCACGAAAGUUAAUUUGCAACAGGGAACAGGACAUCUGCAAGACCAUGGCGUGAAGAACUGGGCUAAAGAUCAAGAUGUGACUGUGUGACUUCUGAUCUCCUUCAGCUCGGGCCUCCCAACCAUCCGUGCUCAUCGGGGGCAUGCAACCAAGCGGAGAAGGCCGGCCGGCAACGAGGCCAAGGGUCAGGCGUGGUGGGCUUUAAAGGACCAGCGUCCCUGGCAGGUUCUCCAAGACGUCUCCUGGCCACCAUGAGCUUCCUUGUCCGUCCUUGGGCCCAGAGGGACGUUCGGGAUGUGAUGCGGCUGGUUAGGGAACUGGCGGUGUCUCACAAUGUGCUCCACCAGGUGAGAACUUCUCCAGAAGCUCUCCAAAAAGAUGGGUUUGAAAAAGACGCCACUUUCGGGUACCUGGUGGCCGAGGUGCCCCCCGCACAAAAAAGCAAAGACGGACGCACCAUUGUCGGCUAUCAGUUCCACUACCUGACCUACUGCACUUGGGACGGCCCGAUUCUCUUCGGCGAAGAUCUGUACGUGAUGCCGGAAUUCAGAGGGAGAGGAGUUGGCACCGCCUUGCUGAACCGAGCAGCCAAGAUGACCCUGGAAAAAGGAUGCUCCCAAUUCCGGUUCCUCUCGGCUCAGAAGGACCAGGCCACGAACGAUUUCUUCCACAGGAGAGGCGCCGUUGAUGUCACCCUCCAUGAUGAUUGGCAUGUCUUCCGGAUUGACAGGGAGCCCCUUCUGAAGCUGCUGGAGGAAGCGGCAGCCAAGCCGAGCCCCAUUUCUUCGCAGCUCUAGACCCACACCCACCCACACCCCACUUCCAAUUCUACCCAAAUUAGGCAGUGCAAUUCCAUAGGGGUGACUCGGGGACACCCCCCACCUCUCCCCUACCCAUUCACCGGUUUGGGGGGGGGAUAUUUUUUCCCCCUCUUGUUCCUUUCUGGAAGGCUGAAGUUUGACCCUCCCCAUCUCCUUCGAUAAAAAUACAGAAUGCGGAAUAUAGAAUGAAGAAUGCAAAUUAUGGAAUGCAGACUACAGAAUACAAACGCAGAAUGCAGACUAUAGAAUGCAGAACGCAAAUGCAGAAGGAAGAAUAUAGAACGCAGAACGCGAAAUACAGAAUGCAGAAUGCAAAUAUAGAACGAAGGAUGCAGAAUACAGAAAACAGAAUAUAAAAAUGCAGAAUAUAGAAUGCAGAAUGCAAAUACCGAAUGCAGAAUGCAGGAUUGAGAAUGCAGAAUGCAGUAAGACAGUACUCAAGAAAAAUAUCUAAACGAAUGGAAGAAUUGGAUUGAUUAUAUUCAAAAUAGAUAUCAGAUUAAGAAAUUUCAGAUUGCCUUUGAAUGAAGGACGUUGUUUUUGAUUUUAAUGGAAGAAGUCAGGUUAUGUGAGAGAGAAGGAUUAUAAUUAUGUUAGAUUUUAAAAAUUUAAUGUAUGACUGUUUGUUUAUUGAACUAUACCUUGUGUUUGCUCGUUGAAGUGGGGGGGGGGUUGGAGGGAGGGGGGAAGUCGGGGGAGGGGAGGGGAAAAAUUUAAUUGUUGUUGUAAAACUUUUUCAAUAAAAAAAAAGAGAGAAUGCAGAAUUACAACCGGCUUGAAAAGGAUCAGAGUGCAAAUUCUUCCAUUCACACACUCUCAGCCGAGCGGAGGAGGAAGCCACGUUUGCUCCGACGAGGGUUUUACCCUUGUUAAUUCAGCUAACGGUGGGUUUCGCAUUUUGCUACCACCGCUUCCCCGUGCGCACGCACACGCUCGCUUCACGUGCAUGCUCGCCUUGCACACAUGCACCUGGCCUUCUUGCACACGGGCUUUGCUCACGCACGCAUAAGAGACAGGGCGUGGGUGGGCAAGCCUCAAACGCGAUCUCCGCAAUCGGUUCGCCCGAACCGGUGCGAACCGGCUGAAUAGCACCACUGAUUUACAGCCAUGUCAAAAUUGUGGAUUUGUGUUGUGGCUCACACAUUUUCCCUGGGUUAAAAACAGAAUAGAGCAGGGGUCUCCAACCUUGGUCCCUUUAAGACUUGUGGACUUCAACUCCCAGAGUCCCUCAGCCAGCUUUGAAGUUGAAGUCCACAAGUCUUAAAGGGACCAAGGUUGGAGACUGAACCCGAAAGCUCCACCUAGUGGUAGAGAAAGAAAGGGAGUCCCUCUAAACGAUUCCUACCUCUAUGUUAUUGUUAUGCUCUGUGUUUGUCCCUUUUCCGCUUGAGUCUCGCGAGAUUUUAGCGUCUCCACGCGAGAUCUCUCUGCAGGGAGCGUCAGGAGGAUAACAAAGAGCUAAUAAUAAUGCAGACCUGUUUUCUGCUUCCGGCGGCGUUCAGUGCCAAGCUGCAAAAUACGGAGUUUUCUGCAUUAUUCCCACUCAUUUUGUGGGUUGAAUCCCGCCAUUCCAAUUCAAAUCACUCCACCGAAGCCUCCCGAGUGAAAGCCCCACCGAUUCCCGUGGGUGCAAUUUGCACUGAGUAUCCACCCUCCAUGCCCAAAAUGUGCAAGGUUUUUUUUAAAAAAAAAAACUUUUUUUAUUAUUAUU